UGACAGACAUGACUCAGGGCUUACCUAAGUCGCUCCGUCGUUUUGCGCAUGCGUACCCAAACAGGGGAUGUCAAAGAAACGAAACAGCUCGCUCGGAAACUACAGCCUCAUGAAGCGGUGACGAGCAGCUGAAGGUGUGCGGUGUUGUCGCGGUGUUUUAUUCUGUUCGCGGUACUCGCCGGCGGUGACCGGAACAGACUCCUUUCGGUUGUCGGGGAAACUUUUUGAGUUGGUCGGGAGAAACAUGGUUAGCUAGCAGCUAGCAGAGUGAAGUCGGACGUCAGUUGGCGGGUCGUUGUCAGGAGCCAGCUGACAGUCCAUCACAUGAUUCCAGCGGCGGAAAGCAGAGCCGGAGCCUGAACUUCCUCGUGUUUUCUUCGUGUGUAGUUUUCACCCUUGGGGUGUUCCACGGAUCCUUUAGAAACUACAGCAUCCGUAAACACCGGCAUGUUUGGGAAAAAGAAGAGAGCGCCAAUGCCCAAGGGGCAGGGGGCUGCCGCGGCCAAACAGAUGGGUCUGUUUGUUGACAUGGACCCUGAGGAGAUGAUGUCAGGCAUGGAGGAAAACCUGGACGACCCGGACCUGGAGGCUGAGCUGGCAGCCAUUACUGGAGAUGCUCCUGCAGGAAGAACGAAGCAGAGGGGCAAGAAGCCCCUUCCUAUGGAAGACAUCGCGAAAAUGGCUGAGGAAUGCAUGAAAGACCUGAAUGAAGAGGAUGAUGAUGAUGUUGAAGAUGAUGAAGAUCUUUUGGCAGAGCUACAGGAAGUGGUGGGUGAGCAGGAAGGUGAGGUUGAAGAAACGUCUCCCUCCACUUCCUGUCCAACUGCUGAGUGCAGUGAAGCAUCAACAGAGGAGUCCUCGGUGGAGCAGGAACUGAAGGUGUCAUCUGCAGCACCUGGUACCCUCCAGCACACUGUGGAGCAGAGGCUGCUCAUGUACAGGACAGCUCUGCACAAUGCCAAGGCUGCUGGUGAAACCUCCAAAGCCAGGAGAUACGAUCGCGGCCUGAAGACUCUGGAGUCAAUGAUGGCUGCUGUCAAAAAGGGAAAGCCCAUAAACGAGGCGGAGAUUCCUCCACUCGUUGCCACCGGAGCUUCAAGCACUGCGCCUCCUCCUGCUGUCCCCGCCAGGCCUGCUCCCCCUGUUCCUGCAGCCCCCGAGCAGAAGCAGCAUGUGGAGUCGGAGGACCCCACAGCACUUCCUGGUGUGCCCGAUUCCAUAACACCCAGCAGUGAAGAGGAGCAGUCUUCCUCUGCAGCUCCACUCUCUGUCAGCAGCUCAUCUUCUCCAGAGGAGCAACCUGAGGGAGCUUCGGACUCCUCGCUGUCCAGACAGCCCGCCGGAAGUGAUGAAACCAAAAGUCUAAUAUUGGAGAGACAGAGAGAGUACAAAGCAGCUGCUCUGAGGGCAAAGAAGCAGGGAGACCUGGAGAAAGCCAAGCUUUACUUCAGGACUAGUAAGAAAUUCGAUGCAGUGAUCGAGGCGCUGGAGAAAGGACAAGCUGUUGACCUCAGUGGUCUUCCUCCUUCUCCAGGACAGGAUGCAGAAGAAAACUCUGCUGCAGGGAAAGAGCCCACACUUGUGCCCACUGCACCUGCAGCCUCCGUGGCCCAGUCUGCCCCUUCUGCCCCCAAGGAUGUUCUGGAGGCUCUUGAGCAGAGAAGAGCCAAGUAUGAGGAGGCGUCUGCUCAGGCCAAAGCGAGCGGAGAUGACCGCAAGGCCCGCAUGCACGACCGGAUCGCUAAGCAAUAUCAAAGUGCCAUACGAACUCAUAAAGCAGGAAAACCCGUCAACUUCGAUGAGCUGCCUGUUCCUCCAGGCUUUCCUCCGAUCCCAGGCCAGAAGACUGCAGGAGCUGAAGAAGGUUUUAUUGCUGCUCUUGAAGCUGCCAACAAGCUUGCUUCCACUGACGCUGCUGGAGGGGAAGAGGAUGAUGAUGAUGAUGAGGAAGAGCUGAAGGCUGCUGCUCCAGAGAGGGCCAAAAGGCCCACACUGGAGGUCCCAGAGGCAGUUCAGGGGCAGAAAAGACCGUCAUCCACCUCCCCGGACAGAACCGCUCAGAGUGACGGCCUUUCACCUGCAGCGGUUCAGCAGCUGGAGUUCCUGGAGAACCGGAAGAAGCAGUACAUGAAGGCAGCUCUGCAGGCGAAGCAGAAGAACGACAUGGAGCAGGCGAAGAACCUCCUCCGCACUGCCAAAGGCUUUGACCCCAUGAUCGAGGCGACGCGCAGCGGGAAGUCUGUGGACAUCAGCACGGUGCCGUCGCCUCCUGGUGAUGAAGAGGACGACUUCAUCCUGGUGCAUCACAGCGAAGUCCAGCUCUCACAGAAAGCUGAAGAGGCUUACUCACAGCUCGCCAAGAUGCUGAAAGAUCAGCAUGAGAAAUGUUUGACUUACUCCAAGCAGUUUACACACCUGGGAAACGUCGCAGAAACUACAAAGUUCGAGAAGAUGGCCGAGGACUGUAAGAAAAACAUGGAGUUCCUGAAGUUGGCUCAGGCCAGGGGUCAGCCACCUCCUAAAUAUCACUUUGAGGAGAAAUCCUUUCGCACCGUCAGAAUCUUUCCAGAUCUGAGCGGCACUGACAUGGUGGUCAUCAUUGUGAGAGGAAUGAAUCUUCCUGCUCCUAACGGAGUCCAGUCCAACGAUCUGGACGCGUACAUCAAAUUUGACUUCCCGUACCCGAGCUCGGAACAGCCACAGAGACACAAAACCACGGUGGUCAAGAACACUAACUCUCCAGAAUACAAUCAGAGCUUCACGCUGUCCAUCAACCGGACCCACCGAGGCUUCAAGAGGUUGGUGGCCUCCAAAGGCUUCAAACUGGAGCUGCUGCACAAAGGGGGCUUCCUGCGCUGCGACAAGCCGAUCGGAACGGCGCUCGUCAAGCUGGACAAGCUGGAGACACAGAGCGAGAUCAGGGAGAUCGUAGAGGUGAUGGACGGCCGCAAGCACACAGGCGGACGAGUGGAAGUCCGAGUACAACUGAGGGAGCCUCUGAGCGGUCAGGACAUCCAGACCAGCACAGAGAGGUGGCUGGUGAUAGACACCUAACAGGUAAAGAAACUUCCUGGAGCCCCUUCAGGACAGAAGCGGGUUUGUUUCUGUGGACAACCCCAGACUGGACUAAACUGGUGUUUGAUCACUGGAGCUUUGGCACUUUACAAACGUGUCCACUAGGGGGAGACAUGGAGCACGGAUCUUCUGCAGGACCUCUGGCUUCAGCAAAGAGCUCCUAAAACCAGAGACAACCAGGAUCACCGCUGCCUUGAUUCUCCGACGCGGAGCCCUGCCGGCGCCGGACUCACCUUAACGUUUCACACCUGCACCUAUGCACUAACACCAAAGUAAUCCGAGCUGCUGGGACCGCUUUGAAAUCACCAUAGCUGCCAGACCUGUUCAAGUGAUGCAAGACGUUUAUCUGUGUGUACAGUGCAGGAGGCCACUCCUGUUGAGAUUUGGUCACCUGUUGGAGGUGUGGGAGAGAGGCUGUUAAGGUGGAAUUACACUUCUUUUUUUAUUUCAACUGUGGUGAGUUAGCUUUCACUGAAUUCCAGAAAAUCCAUGCCAAUGAUGGAGCGAGCGAUCACUGGGAGUUUGGAAUUGUUUCCUAGUUUUUGAUAGUUUUCUAAGAUUAUGUGAAACUUCUAAACCUCUCAGCUUUUAGCAAAUCUGUGCAAAAAAACAACAAAGACUUCAGUCUGUUCAUGCUUGAAGUUAUAAACUGAACUACCACUGAAAAGGUCUUCACUCAUGUUCAAACCUUUUCUGUCAGGAAAUUAUUUUUUCUUUUCAAAGUAAAAGCUUUUUAUUAAUCACUUAUUGAAUGAGCUGGAUGAUGGAAAUACAAGAACCUUCGGAAAACUUGUUUGAUUUGUAAACAACUUUUCCUUUAGGGUUGGGAAAAUCAUUUUUAGUCAAAAAGUGGUCGAGAACUUUAUAUUUCUAGUGAACUGACACCUUGAAGUGAAGAUUAUUUCGUACUAAAGGAAGCCAUAACUGAGCCAAGUGCAGCUUUACCUCAACACCAACAUUUCUGUCAGAUCCAUCAUCACUCAUUUUAGUUCUGAUCACCUACAGCGUCACGACUUAUGUGUUUACGUUUCUAAAAUUAUUUAAUAGAAUCAGAUUCGGCUUUUAUGCCAAGUGUGCUUCUAGAACCAAUAAAGUCUUUGCUCUAAAA